AUGGCAAUAGCUUUAAAGGCUCUCCUACUUCACCUGAUACUCUUCUUCUUUGCUUCUCUUGCGGAAACAAACAACCCGCGAAAGAUAUACCUUGUGCAGAUGAAAGUUGCUGGGCAUCGAUAUGGGUCAAGUUCCGGUCACCAGGAACUACUCGGCGAAGUUCUUGACGAUGAUAGCACCGUAGCGAGUGCACUCAUCUACAGUUAUAGGGAGAGCUUCACGGGUUUCUCGGCUAGACUCACACAAAAUGAACGGCAAAAGCUCAAGAGGAGGAGAGAGGUCUUAGAAGUGUUACGUAGUAGAAACCUAAAGCCUCAUACGACACGAUCAUGGGACUUCAUGAAUCUAACAUUAGCAGCUAAGCGAAAUCCCGAGGUUGAGAGUGAGUUGGUUGUGGCUGUCAUCGACUCUGGCAUUUGGCCUUACUCUGAGCUCUUCAGAAGCGACAGCCCUCCUCCUCCGGCUUGGCAAAAUAAAUGCCAAAACAUAACUUGCAACAAUAAAAUUGUUGGUGCUCGAUCAUACUACUUAGAGAAGGAAAAUUACAAUCUGACAGAAGCGAAUUCGGUGAUUGACGUGAUGGGACACGGCACGCACAUAGCCUCCAUCGUUGCCGGCAGGGAAAUAGAGAAGGCCAGCUACUUUGGGCUGGCGGAAGGCACAAUGAGAGGCGGUGUUCCCAACGCAAAGAUCGCCGUCUACAAAACAUGUUGGAGGAUAAGAAACAAAAAAGGUAACGAGGUCUUUGUAUGUCCACAACAUAAGGCAUUGGAGGCAAUAGAGGAUGCAAUCAAGGACGAGGUCGACGUCAUCUCGUAUUCUCAGGGGUUGGAUUAUCCGGUUCCAAUGCACGAAGAUUGUGUCUCGUGGGCGUUUUUACGAGCAGUUGAGAAAGAUAUUUUGAUUUCAACCUCCGCCGGAAACUUCGGCCCUAACUACUACGCUGUGGUUAACGGUGCACCUUGGGUAAUGACCGUUGCAGCGAGCUUGAAAGAUAGAUUUUUUGAGACUAAGUUGGAGCUGGAAGGAGAAGAUAAGCCAAUUACUGUAUACAACACGAUCAACACCUUCGAGACACAAGAUUCUUUCUACCCACUUUUGUUAGAAACUGAAUCAACAAGAAAACGUGAACUCAUCGCUGAGAGCAAAGAUGAUUUAGUCUCCUCUAAUCAUAAGACCGACAAAGGAAAAGAUGUUUUCUUCGACAUCUCAGAAAUGACAAUAUUGGACAAAGCGAUUGAAGAGAGAGCAAAAGGUGUAAUCGCAGUGGGUGGAUUUAGCAACUAUAAUGAGUCUGAAAAGUUACAGUUUCCUAUCGCUUCUAUAUUUUUGGACGACAAAAUGGGAAUUGACCUAUGGAACUACUAUGAAGAUAAAAGAAAUCAUUCAGUCAAAAUCCAUAAGACAGUGGAAAUUCCUCGAGAAGAGGGAUGGGAUCCAACUAUUGCGGACUUGUCUUCGAGGGGUCCUAAUUGCGAUAAUUUUCUAGCAAACAUUCUCAAGCCCGAUAUAGCUGCUCCAGGGUUAGACAUUGUAGCGGGUUGGCCUGAGAAUGUGAAUCUCUUACAAGUUCCUGCCAAUGACUACCGCCAUCUGAGAUUCAACAUCUUGUCAGGAACUUCCAUGGCUUGCCCUCAUGCCACUGGACUUGCCUUGUAUGUCAAGUCAUUCAAACCUUCUUGGUCUCCUUCCGCUAUUAAAUCCGCCCUAAUGACCACUUCCACGGAAAUGUUAGGUCUAGGCAAUGACUUCGCAUACGGGUCAGGACAGUUAAACGCUACAAAAGUCUUAGACCCUGGUCUGAUCUACGAGACAAAGCACCAAGACUACAUAGAUUACAUAUGCAAACAAGGCUACAACACAGAGAAGCUAAGAUCGCACGUCGGAAACCACAAGAUAAAUUGCUCCGGGACCAAGAUAGACCAAAACGCAGACCUCAACUAUCCAACCAUGUCGGCUAGAGUCAAACUCAACGCCGAAUUCUCCAAAGUCUUCUAUAGAACGGUCACCAACGUUGGCGACCGAAACUCCACUUACCUUGGAGAAAUCAAGUUCCGAGGUGAGAAGAGUUUAUGGGCUAAUAUCACUGUGAACCCUAAACGGCUACACUUUAGCGAGUUGGGAGAGACCAAGACUUUCACGGUGAACGUCACCGGGAAAGCGGAGCCGAAUUCGAAGUACUCGAAGGAUUCGUUUAUGAUAGGGAAUACGUGGCUCACGUGGACGGAGAUGAACGGUUCUCGACAAGUCAGGAGUCCCAUUGUCAUAUACUCUAUUAUUAUUGAUAAGGAAUCUCGAGCUUGUCUUUCCAUUGCCGUUGUAUGUUCGAGCAGAACGUUGGCACCGUCUCCGAGCGAUUCGAAGCUUAGGGUUUAUGUAGUCGUUGUUGAUCGUGCGUUGUAUCACAAUGACUGUAAGAAAUACGAACAACUUCUCAGAAAGGUGCUUCAUGGAAGGCCAUCAGAUCUAGCUCCACUACAUUGCUACAAAAACGUCAUGAGCGGAUUUGCAGCAGCACUCACCGCAGAAGAAGCUGAAGAACUAAAAGGUGAAAAUGGAGUUCUUAGUGUAAUAGUAGACAACAUAUACGAUAUCCAGGAUUAA